GUGUUUAGUUUAGUCGCUCUCCAAACUUGUAAACAACAACCUCACGCAGUCGUUUUAAGCUAGCACUGAGAAUAUGACUCAGUUGAUAGCGAUUAUAAUAUUGCUGCAGGCCGCUGUAGCGCUCAGUCAAAAUCCGGAUCCGCAAGCGAAGCAAAUUUGCACAUUAUUUAAGCGCACUGUGUUCGAGGAGCGUGUGCCUAUAAGUUUCUUUUUUGCCAACGCACCGAUUACCUGGGAAUCUAUUGAUUCCUGUCAUGGCUCACGUCCACUUAUAGUCGGUGGCAUGCCUGCAGAGCCAAAGGAAUUUGCGCCCAUGGCACGUUUGGGUAAUCGCAAUGAGAAGAACGUUACCAAAUGGUUCUGCGGCGGCACCUUAAUCAGCAAUCGUCUGGUGCUAACUGCCGCCCAUUGUCUGUUUUCGGAAGAUGGCGCUGUUAAUGUCGUGCGUCUUGGCGAGCUGGACUUUUCUACAGAUACUGAUGAUGCCGAGCCAGAAGACUUUGGUGUGCGCAAGGCCACCGAACAUCCAGACUACAAAUAUCCGCUGCUGUACAACGAUAUUGCCAUUUUGGAAUUAGAUCGCGCUGUUAACUUGAGUGUCUAUAAGCAUCCCGCCUGCUUACCCUUCGAUGAUGGCACUACGCAUGAAAAUUUCAUUGCUAUUGGCUGGGGUCACAAGCAAUUUGCAGGCCGAGAGUCCACUAAACUGUUAAAGGUGCAGCUGAAAGGCUAUAGCGGCAGCUGUCUAGCAGCAAAUGAGAUCGAGGAACUGCCUAAUGGCUAUAAUGCCAGCACACAGAUGUGCAUUGGCUCCAGUGAGCACAAGGAUACGUGCAAUGGCGACUCGGGCGGUCCUGUGCUGACCUAUCAUAAGGAGCUCCCCUGUAUGUAUCAUGUUAUGGGCAUCACUUCCUCUGGACUUGGUUGCGAUACUCCUAAUGUGCCCAGCUUGUACACGCGUGUGCACUUUUAUUUAAACUGGAUCAAGCAGCAUAUUGAGAAAAGCAUGUGAAUUUAUUUAUUUCCUAUGCUAAUGUAUAAAGUUCAAUAAAUAAUAAUCUG